AUGAAACUUUCAGGGGUUCUUGGAAGGAUGUUUCCUGCUCUAAGGAUUUCUUUUAAUGGUAUUGACGCUCAAGCUAAAUACGCUGUGCUAUUGGACAUUGUACCAGUGGAUAACAGGCGCUACCGCUACUCUUACCGCCGAUCGUCUUGGCUAGUUGCCGGUAGAGCUAACCCUUCUUUUCUGAGUCGCCUCUAUCUCCACAGUGAUUCGCCUUUUACUGGAGACCAACUGGAAAAGCAGGUGAUUUCCUUCGAAAAAGUUAAACUGACCAAUAAUGAAAAGGACAAUCAGGGUCAUAUCAUUCUCAAUUCGAUGCACAAGUAUCAGCCAAGAAUACACCUAGUUAAACUACGAAGUGAUCUUUCGAAUCUUCUUCCGAUAACGGAUUUAGAAGCUGAGCGAUCAAGAACAUACAUCUUUUCUGAAACUGUCUUCAUAGCAGUGACAGCUUAUCAGAACCAACUGGUUACAAAGUUGAAGAUUGACAGUAAUCCAUUUGCUAAAGGAUUCCGAGAUUCCUCAAGGCUUACAGAUUUAGAAAGAGGGUCCAUGGAAACAUUUCUUCAAGAUCACAUCUUUCAUCAGGCUCCGUUUCAGUCUGAUAAAUUACGUUCAAGUCCGGUUGCCUUAUCCCAUAGAGCAGCUUUACCCAGAGUUCCUCUAUCGACGGAGCUACCUUUCAUGCUCAGUUAUGAGAGUUUUUUGAAAAUGUCCGAAAUGCUUCUUAACAUGCCAGAGUUCAGCUUCUUAAUGACUUCUCACCAUCAACAACCUAAUUGCUUGGCUGAUCUAUACUUUGGUUUCCCUAGAGUAAAUCUUCCUCUAUUCUCAAUGAUCUCAGCACCAAGCUUAAUGACUGAAACUGUCGAUGCUAUUACGGACUCUGCGGGACCCAGUGUAAGCACAUCCGGACACUUGCCAGCACCUCCAGAGCUUCUGUGUUCCUCAUACCAACGCGGUCCAAAUACAGUGCCCACUAUUACAAAAGGGAACGUUUCUCACCUUUCAAACCAGACAAACAAUUCCCGAUAUCAUCUGUCCAGCUUUAUCCAUAAGUUUAAGUUUCAUCCAUAUUUUAAGCCUAGGCUACUUUAA